AUGGGCUUCACCGACCUCGUUUCCAACGCUGGAGCUACCAUGCUCAACAGCUGGUUGACCACCCGCUCCUACAUCAAUGGCUAUGCCCCCUCGCAGGCCGAUGUUGCCGUCUUCAAGGCCCUGAGCUCGGCUCCCGAUUCUGAGAAGUUCCCCCACGCUUCGCGUUGGUACAACCACAUCGCUACCUUCGAGAGCGAGUUCGCCACCCUCCCUGGCGAUGCCUCCAAGUCUUUCGAGGCCUACGGCCCUGAGGCUGGCGACCUGACCCUCAACCCCGCCAAGGCCCCCGAGAAGGCGGAGGAUGACGACGACGUCGACCUGUUCGGCAGCGACGACGAGGAGGAGGACGCUGAGGCUGUCCGUAUCCGUGAGGAGCGCCUGGCUGCGUACCGCGAGAAGAAGGCCGCCAAGCCCAAGACCAUUGCCAAGUCUGUUGUCACCAUGGACGUCAAGCCCUGGGAUGACGAGACCGACAUGGCCGCCCUGGAGUCGGCUGUCCGUGGUAUCGAGAAGGACGGUCUUGUCUGGGGCGCCUCCAAGCUGGCUGCCGUCGGUUUCGGUAUCAAGAAGCUCCAGAUCAACUUGGUUGUCGAGGAUGAGAAGAUCUCCACCUCUGACCUCCAGGAGGAGAUUGAGGGUUUCGAGGAUUACGUCCAGUCCACCGACGUUGUUGCCAUGCAGAAGUUAGACAGCUUGCACAAAAUUCUAUUGGUGCAACACGCCAAGCGAACACAGAGUCUUGCCCAUCUGCCACCCUACCAGACCGAGCUCGUUCGUGCGGUCACCCGCGAAGUUCGCGAUCUGGACAAGGAUGUCUCCGAGCUCCUUGAGCCGUUCCAAGGCUCCUUCGACCCUUCCGCCGAUCAAGCCGUCGCGACGACGCUCCUCGUGAACCACCUCUCCAUGCGGCGCAACAAGCGCUGCCUCUUGGCCUACCACCGCACCCGAACAGACAAACUGGAGGAACUGGUAUGGAAUGGUGCAGACGUCGUCGACCUGUCUGGGCAGCAAGUGCGAGGCGACGGCGCGACGACGACGAGUAGCCUGAGCCCACAGGAAGAGGAGUACGUCAGGCAGUAUAGCGAUCUUCUGGCAGCGUACAAGGGACAGUGGACAGAUAUCGAUCUCACGGGUAGUCUGGAGCCGCCUCGGGAUCUGUUCAUUGACGUGAGAGUACUUAAGGAUGCGGGCGAGAUCCAGACCGAGUACGGGGCGAUCACCUUGACCAAGAACAGCCAAUUCUACGUUAGACAGGGAGACGUGGAGCGGCUCAUAGCCCAAGGCUACCUGCAAAAGCUAAGCGGAUGA